AUGCCAGAGCCCCGACCCCGGUGCCCCAACCCUGGUGCCCCAACCCUGGUGCCCCAACCCCAGAGCCCCGACCCCGGUGCACCAACCCCGGUGCCCCAACCCUGGUGCCCCAACCCUGGUGCCCCAACCCCAGAGCCAAACCCCAGAGCCAAACCCCGGUGCCCCAACACCCUGGUGCCCCAACCCCAGAGCCAAACCCCAGAGCCAAACCCCGGUGCCCCAACCCUGGUGCCCCAACCCCGGUGCCCCAACCCCGGUGCCCCAACCCUGGUGCCCCAACCCUGGUGCCCCAACCCCAGAGCCCCGACCCCGGUGCACCAACCCCGGUGCCCCAACCCUGGUGCCCCAACCCUGGUGCCCCAACCCCAGAGCCCCGACCCCGGUGCACCAACCCCGGUGCACCAACCCCGGUGCCCCAACCCUGGUGCCCCAACCCUGGUGCCCCAACCCUGGUGCCCCAACCCCAGAGCCAAACCCCAGAGCCAAACCCUGGUGCCCCAACCCCGGUGCCCCAACCCCAGAGCCAAACCCCGGUGCCCCAACACCAGAGCCCCAACCCCGGUUCCCCAACCCAGAUUAGGGUGCUGGAAUGGGAAUUACUGA